UGCACGAAGACGCAACGACGGAUCUUGCAACAUCUGCCGCGGCACCUGCGCGGACUGACAGGGGGAAUUCUUGGCUGAAGUGCACUUUCUGGAAGCUCCGACCGUAUGGGAACGCUCGGGAAUGACCAGUCUGUGCUGCACCUGUGCGCACUCCGAGGCGACUGGUCUGAUAUCCAGCUUGGGUUGCUGGAGCCAGGAGCGCUGGAGGUGCAGGAUAAGCUGGGGCGGACUCCACUUUUCCUCUGUGUAAUGCUGGGUGACAGCCAGGGGGCACAGCUGCUGCUUCGUGCUGGUGCCAGACCCGACCAUGGCGACCAUGCUGGGCAGACGCCCCUGCACUUGGCUGCACGCAAGUGACCACGAUGGAAUGACCAAGAAGGAAUGUCAUUGAUGAAACUACAGAGGCGGUAUGAUAACGGUGACAUGACAACAGUGAGGUGGGAAUUCUGAAAUGAUGGUAUGACGACAGUAUGACGACGUCGUAGCGACAACAAUGGCAUGACAACGGUAUAAGGACAAUAGGAUAAUGACGAGUGUAUGGCGAUGGUGGUGGGAAGGCUACUGUAUCACGAAGACUGUAUGACAACAAUGGCACGACAAGAAUUGGAUGACAAAGCUGGAAUGAUGAAUGUGCAACGAUCACGAUGGCAACCUGACCACGAGCACAUACUUAUUGGCCCAAGGCGGUAGACAACUUGGGUCACGGGGUUAUCGUAAGAGGCUAGCUAGCUAGCUGGAUAGAUGGAUGGACGGACACACCCUGGAUUACACAAAAGAGUAUUAAUUUAAAAGAAAAUCUAAAAUGGGGCUGGAAAAUCUGCUCUUAAUCGUAUUGUCAUUAAUGAUAUUAAAAACGCUCUCACACGUGGAAUUCAUGAUUCUAGACUUAUUUUUCAAAACAGCAUUACCCAUCUUUGUGAAAAAUUCACAAAAACU